AUGGAAGCUGGCGUUAUCUGUAAGCGAGAGACACAUGCUGUGUAUCGUAAAUACACCGUAGUUCUGGAUGCUCUCAUCUGGAAAUACACCAAAGUGUUUGACAAGAAUGGGAGCUUGAUCAAGCGAAAGGUGGUCAACUCCACGCGGGUGAUUCAACUGUUGAAAUUCAAGGCUUUGGAAAGGUCAGAAUACGGCCAAAUUGCGGAGGAGAGAAAGGCUGCUCAAGGCGUCAAGAUUGAUGAUUUUCGAGCGAAACAACAUGAGGAUCUUAAAUCCGAGGUGUGCAGAUAUUCGGAGGCUCCGAGGCAGACUUCGAGGUACUCAAUGAUGACGGCUCAAGUACCUCUCCAACGCGUGCAUUUCGACCUCAUUCAAAUGGAGCCUGCAUUGAAUGGAGAUCAGUGGAUCUCGCAUUUUUAUGACGAGAAUACACGCUUUCACAACGUCUUUUCGCACCGGUUGAAAAACGGCUGCGUAGGUGCUUUCAACACCUACAUUCUGCAGAUACAGAAUAUUGCGAAAACAACAAUCAAAUUCUUCAAAAGUGACCGUGAGCAAACACUCGGAAAUGCGGUCAAAGAGGAGGAAGCGCUCAAAGGAAUCAUUCACGAGUAUUCCGUGGUCGAUACGCCUGAUCAGAAUGGCGCUGCAGAGCGAGCAGGCGCGAUUCUUAUCCUGAAGGCAAGGAAAAUGAUGAUUGAAGCAAAAUUGCCUUGGGACCUCUGGCCCUGGGUCAUCGGUGAAGCAGCGAAUAUUCCUAAUCGCUCUCCUAUUGCCGCGCUCGGAUGGAAAACGCCGUUCGAGAAGCUCUCAGGAAAGAAGCCCGAUCUCUCAGCCCUCCGUACAAUCGGCUGCGUUGCCUACACAAGGCAGGAGCAACAGAAAAGCGAUAAAAUGGCUCCCCGCGCGUAUUAA